AUGCUUAGACUUAAUUCUAGGCCUGCCUCGGCCAGCCUAGCCCGCCAACUUGUCUUCUCUUGUUUCACUACACUCACUUCUGGCUCUUCAAGCCAACAUCCAAAGUUCCCUCCUUUUUUAUCCUCUCAUGGUGGUACCUCUGGCCUUCUAUGGUGGUUCAUCCUCCUCCCUGGUCCUCCCUGGCUCCUCUCUGGUUCCUCCUUGGCCCUGGCCCCUCCUGGUCCCUCCAUGGUCCUCCCUGGUCCCUCCUGGUCCUUCCUGGUCCCUUCCUGGUCCUCCCUGGUCCUCCUUGGCCUUUCCUUGUGGUAUCACUCUUUUUCCUUGGGUCAGGUCAAGGAAUUUGAGGAGUAUGGGGUUCGUUCGAUUGCAAUUAAUCAUGACACUCCGCAUGAUAAGACACUCUGGAGUCAUGUGUCCAAAGGAAGUUUUCAUAACCUGCUUGUUGCACCAGAGCAAUUCUUUCCAGAAGGUGGACACAUUCCGCGACUUGCCCUGCAACUGAAUGAUCAAAGUUUUAUCAACCGCAUCGGUUUUUUCUUCAUUGAUGAAGCACACUUCAUUUCCACUGCUGGAGAAGCCCAAGCAGGAGAGAAGAUUCCGUUCCAUGCAGCAUACAGCAAGCUUGCUGAAGUUUUGAUCCAGCUUCCAAUUGAUGUUCCUGUGGCCCUCUUCUCUGCAACUCUUCCGCAGUUGAUACUUCAGCGGAUUGAAAAUUCACUUAAGCUGUCAUCUGAUGCAACAAGACAAGAUCAUGCUAACUACCAAUCUAACCUCGAUUUUCUCAUGCCCAUUCCCUUGCAUCCAGCAAUGGCUUAUCCCCCGAAAUCUCUAAUUUUCAUCGAUCACAAGCUCAGCACAGCAGCUGUCACAAAGUAUCUCAAUGCUUGUUUACCUGGAGCUGGGAUCAAUGUCAUAGAUAUACACCUCGUAGUGCAAUUCGGCAUCACAAUCAACAUUUCAGAGCACGAGCAACGGGCUGGACGAGGUGGACGAGAUCAUAUGGCAUGCAUUGUCCUGAUGAUUGUAGAGAAAUGGGCAUACAAGGAUCAGAAUGUUGACAUCACCCCUUCUGGAGGAUCAAAGUCCACUAUGAAAGAGAAACGGACUGAUUCAGCAAUGCUUCAAUUCGUGAAUACAUCAACAUGUCGGCGACAAUUCUUAGCUGAAUAUAACAAUGACACGACGGUUGAAGCUCUUGAUUACGACAGCAUGUUUUGCUGUGAUCAACAUGCUGAUCAAGCAUUCAACCUCAACCACUGGUUGCCAGGUGAAACUCUGCCCUCCAUUCUUGCACAGUCAUGCCUUGACAUCUCCAUGAAUGUUGAUGAACGAGCUCCACUCAAGAAAGUACGCAAGAGAUACCGUCCAGUGGUGCAACGAAUGCCCUUAGAAGAACUUCUCAAAGCAUGGCACGAGACAGUCUCAUCCAACAAACCUGAUAUCAAGGGCUGGCCAUCUGAUUGGAUUCUCGCUGAUCAGCAUAUAAUCAAGCUCACAUGA